AUGGAUUAUAUCAAUUUCUUAAAAGAAGACAAUGCUGUUGAUCAAGUCUUAAUUUAAUUCAAUGAACAUGUCGAAUCUACAUUUCAACAAUAGAAUCUAUAAGAAUAAGUCUAAAAUUUAUUAACUGAUCUUUCCAAGCCUUUGAUUAUUGAUGAAAAAGUCUAUUAUACUGUUCAUUAAGCUCCAUGGCAUUUAGUUACUAAUAAAGGAGGAUGUUGUAUUAUCAAAAAAGAAGGAGUACUUGUAAUUGCAGCAUAUGAUGAAAAUAAAGGAUAAAAUCCAAGUAGAUUUAGAAGAAGAAUGAGUUUACUUGAUAAAAUAAUUUGA